AUGCUUGAACAUCCUGAUUCAUUUGGAAUUGACAGCGAUGAAGCAAAGAUUGAAAUAAACACAAAUUCCAAGUUAAAAUCAGAGUGUGAACGCUACGAUCAGCUAUUUGCAAAUCUCAAUCUUGGCCCUAUAGAUUCUUGGGAUACAUCAUUCAAAACGGCUUUUAAUUACUGCAUUAAAUCAUCGAAUUCUAUCACUGUUUAUCACGGAGAUGACCUUAAUUUUAUAUACAAUAAAAAAUGUAUAGAAACGAUACCAGUUAUAAAACAUCUAAAACUAUUGGAUUUUGGAAAACCGUUCAAUGAAUGUUUACCUUAUAACAAAACCGUGCCUAAAGAGUAUGCCAUUGUGAAAACCGGAAAAAGUGUAAUUGAACAUGAUAAAUAUCAUCACGAUCCAUGUGGUAACGGUAUUUUUGAAGAACGCUACUACACUUAUUCGAUGCAUCCGAUUUUCAAAACGGAUGGCACAAUUUGUGCUAUGAUGGGUUUCUGUGAAGAUACAUCUGAUAGGGUUUUUUUUGAUCGAAGAAUGAAAACUCUUACCGAUUUGAAACAAAUUAAUGAAAUUAAUGAUGUUGAAAAGGAUUGCCAACAAAUAAUUGAUGAAUUAAGAGUUCUAAUGCAAAUAAAAAUCGAUCUUGACCUGUGGCAAAAAGGAUACGAAGAAUCUGAAAUAAGUGCCUGUGUAAAAUUAAUAGAUGAAAUCAAUUCCGUGAAACCUGGAAAAGUAAUUUGGGAUGACGUUAAAAAUGAAUAUAAUAAAAGCAACGAUAAAUAUAAGUAUAUUCAAGAUUUUCACAAGAAAUGGUUCUCGGAAAAAGUAGAAUCCCUCAUUAAAAAGGACAAAAACUUCACGAAAGAUGAAAUUAAAAUUAAACGGUUCCAAUAUCUCCUGUUAGGGGAUUACAUUAUUAAAUAUGACACUGAAAAUAAGAGACAUCUUAAGUAUCGACUAAUAAAUUAUCAAAGGCUUGCAACCCUCCAUGAUUUGAUUGGAAAUAAAAUUCUUGAACUUCCGAUGUCAACCACCUUCUUCACUAAACAUAGUAACGGAAUUAAGUUUGAAUCGUUUAUUAAAUGGAUCAAGUCAAAAUUGCAUGUAGUUGAUAGUCGAUUAUCUUAA